AUGUUCAAGCCUACUAGCUUUAGUUUUGCUAUUCAGCAGGCUAGGAUGCAAGAAAAAGCAAUCGAGGCUGCAUUGAAGAAGCAUAGAGCGUGUGGUGAAAGGUACACUCCAGGUCAUACUUGUAGAAUAAAGCAAUUACAAUGUAUUUCUGGUGGUUCUGACGAAUUACUUGUGCACUUAGAUGACCCACAGAAGGUGGACGUUGAGGUGAUUGUUGAUCUGAUACUGACAUACCUGAGGCUCUAUGUCUUAGUGCUCUGUCGGGAAAUUUGGAAACUGGUUAUCAGUCUUGUCGUGCAACCAAUCAAAGUUAUUGUUGCUGAUGGUAACGACUUGAUGAAGAAGUAUAACCCUACUAAGUUUGACCAUGAGAAACAAUGUGUGACCAUUGGGAGAAAAAGUUACAAGGUGGUUUUAAGGGCGAUUUUGGACAAGGGUCAGCUACUGGUAAUCGAAGUUAUAGAAGAGGUGAAUAGUUUUAUUCAAGGGGUACUCUCUCACUAUGCUGAUGUGUUUGUUGAACCUAAAUAUUUGCCAACUGCAAAAUCCCUUGAUCAUACUAUUCCCUUGAAACCAGGCACAUCACCAAUCAGGAUGAAGCCUGAAGAUGUGUUCAGAACUGCAUUUAGGACCCAUGUGGGUCAUUAUGAGUUCAAGGUAAUGCCCUUUGGUCUCACCAAUGCUCCUGCAACCUUCCAAACACCGAUGAAUCAGGUGUUUCGACCCCUACUCAGGAAGUUUGUCUUGGUGAUUUUUGAUGAAAUACUAGUGUAUAAUAGGUCCCGUUCAAACCAUGUAGUUCACCUAAGGGUUGUGUUUGAAGUGCUUAGAAAACAAUCUUUGUAUGCUAAGAGAUCUAAAUGCUCAUUUGGUCAAUCACAAGUGAAGUAUCUAGGCCAUAUCAUUACUUCUGAAGGUGUGUCUACCGAUCCAAGCAAGGUCCGGCCACUAACAAAUUUAUUGAAAGGGGAUACUUUUAGGUGGAAUGAAGAGGCUGAUCAAGCCUUUAUAGCUUUGAAACAUGACAUGUCCACUACUCUCGUCUUGGCUUUACCUGAUUAUACUAAAGAGUUUAAUGUCGAGGCUGAUGCAAGCUUAACUGGAAUCGGUGUUGUUCUUAUGCAAGGCAACAAAUGGAGACACUAUAUUCAAUAUAAGCACUUUGUGGUCAAAACCGACCAUCACAACCUAAAGUAUCUCCUGGAGCAAAAAGUUGCAUCUGUUGCGCAGCAAAAGGGUCUAACUAAACUAUUGAGUCUAGACUAUAAGGUACAGUACAAAAAGGGUGCUGAGAACAAGGUGGCAGACACGUUAUCUAGGCAGUUUGAGGAUAAGGAAGGCAGCAUGCUCCAUGCCUUAGCUUGUGUGUCAUCUAUUAGUUCUAUGGUUCCUACUUGGGUGCGAGAAAUUCAUAAAAGCUAUAAAGAUGAUCUUGAAGUCACUGCACUAAUAUCUGAGUUCUCGGUGUCUCAUUUGGAUCCUCAUCUAUUCCAUUAUUCUUCUAGUAUUCUAAGAAGAAAGGGCAAGGUUUAUGUGGGCAACACUGGUGAGUUAAAACACCAACUGAUCACCACCUUUCAUGACUCACCUGUUUGUGGUCAUUUUGGACAGUUGUUACCUAUAAAAGGUUAG